AUGCAAAACUGGUCAUUUACAUAUGUUCUAAUAUUUUUGUUUUCUAUUUAUUUUACAGAAUUCUUAAUUUUAUCAUUGAUUAAUUAUUAUUCCUAAUAGCAUAUGGAAACAGUUUCUCAAUAGAUGAAACAUCUGAAUUAAAAAAACCAGGAACUUGCUGCUCUUGAAAACCGAUUGAUUUAACUGAAACAAUAACUUAAUUUACAAGAAGCUAACAAUAAUAUUGUUUAGGGGAAAGUAGAAAAGAUUGUCAAUGCUAAGAAAUAGAAAUUUGAGGAUCAAAUGGAACUUAGCAAGAUCAUGGAAGCUAACAAUAACAAUGAUAAUGGAUUACAAAAUUUAAUUAGAAGAAACAAAUAACAAUAGCAAGAAGAAGCAAAAAAGUUGAAAUAAGAUAUGUUUGAUGAGAAGUGCUUGAAAACUGCAUUGGUGAAAUAAGAAUUGCAAUUGUAGAUGUAUCAAAACAAAAAGAAAAGAGAAGAAGAACUUUUAGAGAAAUAACAACAAUAUGCGAGAAUUUCUGAAUGGGAGUUUAAUAUGAAACAAGAUUUGGAAUAGAAGAAAGCAGAAAGAAUAGAGAGAAUUAAAUAAGAAUAAAAUUUAUUUAAAGAUUAAAUUGCAAAACGAUUGUAAGAGUAAUAAGCACUGUGUGAUUAGAUGAGCACAGAAGAACAGAGAUUGCUUAAUAAAUUAAAGGAUUCUCAACUACAUGGCAAUAAUUUGAAAAAUAAUCUAAUGACAGCAUUAAAUUUAAGCAUAAAGGAAUACAAUAACAUCGCUGGAUUGAGACCAUAAAAUUCUAAGUCCUAUAGUUUAUAGAAAUUGCCUAAGGAGUCGUAGAAUAGUCCUUAUGCUCAAUUGCCAACUAUGUUGUAAUUGAAAGUAAAUGGACAGCUAAGCAAUUACUUAAAUAGUAAUUCAUCAUUUCGUGAAUCUUUAAUGAAAGAGUAUCAAUUUUCACUCCCCACAUUAUGUAAACCAUCUUUUAAUGAACAAAAACAAUAAGUAGAUCGAUUGUACCAAUCCAAGACAAUAAAGAAUAGCAAGUAAGAUUUGCAGUAUAUUCUCAACUUUUGCAAUAAUAAAAGCAAAUCUUCUUAGACUAAAUAGAAAGGUCGGAUGAAUUAAAGUGAACUUCUCUCUUCAGAUAACCAUUCUAUCUCCUCAAAGCAAAAUCGCACAAUAUCUCAACAACAAUCAAUUAGUAAAUAGCAAUCCAAAGAUUUAGAAAAAAGCACUUAGAAUUAGUAAUAAUCUAAUUGA